AUGGCCUUAAAAUGGCAGAUGAGCCCAUGGAAGAAGGUGAACCAUAUUCCUACCAUGAUGAAGGAAGUGUGAAAGAAAUUCCUAUUACUCAUCAUGUGAGAGAAGGAUGUGAGAAAGCAGAUCCAGCACAGUUUGAACUACUUAAGGUUCUUGGUCAGGGAUCCUUUGGAAAGGUCUUCCUUGUAAGGAAAAUAAUUGGUCCUGAUGCUGGGCAACUUUAUGCAAUGAAAGUUUUGAAGAAAGCUUCUUUAAAAGUUCGAGAUAGAGUUCGUACAAAAAUGGAGAGAGAUAUAUUAGUAGAAGUAAAUCAUCCCUUUAUCGUCAAACUGCACUAUGCCUUUCAGACUGAAGGGAAGCUAUAUUUAAUAUUGGAUUUUCUCAGGGGAGGAGAUGUGUUCACACGAUUAUCCAAAGAGGUUAUGUUUACAGAGGAAGAUGUGAAAUUCUACCUCGCAGAACUGGCCCUUGCUUUGGAUCACCUUCACAGCUUGGGAAUUGUAUACAGGGACCUGAAGCCAGAAAACAUUUUGCUUGAUGAAGCAGGACAUAUCAAGUUAACAGUUCUUCUUUACCUGCUCUGUUCUUGUGAUGCUGUUGUAGACUUCGGACUCAGCAAAGAAUCGGUAGAUCAAGAAAAGAAGGCCUAUUCUUUCUGUGGUACGGUAGAAUACAUGGCACCUGAAGUAGUAAACAGGCGAGGCCACAACCAGAGUGCCGACUGGUGGUCCUUUGGUGUGCUCAUGUUUGAAAUGCUUACUGGUACACUACCAUUUCAAGGUAAAGAUCGAAAUGAAACUAUGAAUAUGAUACUGAAAGCAAAACUUGGAAUGCCUCAGUUCCUCAGCCCUGAGGCACAAAGUCUUCUGAGGAUGUUGUUUAAAAGGAACCCAUCAAAUAGAUUAGGAGCUGGUUCAGAUGGAGUUGAAGAAAUCAAGAGACAUCCUUUUUUUUCUACUGUUGACUGGAAUAAACUAUUCAGAAGAGAAAUUCAACCCCCAUUUAAACCUGCUUCUGGAAAACCAGAAGAUACCUUUUGUUUUGAUCCAGAAUUCACAGCAAAAACACCAAAAGAUUCUCCAGGAGUCCCGCCUAGCGCAAAUGCACAUCAGCUCUUCAAAGGAUUUAGUUUUGUUGCAACUACUACUGUAGAAGAUCAUAAAAUCUCACCACUCACGAAUAUACUACCAAUAGUACAGCAACUUCAUGGAAACAGCGCACAGUUUACUGAUGUAUAUGAACUGAAGGAAGAUAUUGGUGUUGGUUCCUAUUCCGUUUGCAAGCGAUGUAUACACAUAGCUACGAAUAUGGAGUUUGCAGUAAAGAUAAUUGAUAAAAGUAAGAGGGAUCCCUCAGAAGAAAUCGAGAUUUUGAUGCGUUAUGGACAACAUCCAAAUAUUAUCACUUUAAAAGAUGUGUAUGAUGAUGGUAGAUUCAUAUACCUUGUCACUGAAUUGAUGAAAGGAGGAGAGCUGCUUGAUCGAAUUCUCAGGCAGAAGUUUUUCUCCGAACGAGAGGCUAGCGCUGUAUUAUAUACUAUUACUAAGACCGUGGACUACCUGCACUGCCAAGGAGUAGUGCAUCGGGACCUUAAACCUAGUAAUAUUUUAUAUACGGAUGAUUCAAAUAACGCUGAUUCUAUCAGGAUUUGUGAUUUUGGAUUUGCAAAACAACUUCGAGGAGAAAAUGGACUACUUCUGACUCCUUGCUACACUGCAAACUUUGUGGCACCAGAGGUUCUCAUGCGACAGGGGUAUGAUGCUGCUUGUGACAUAUGGAGCUUGGGUGUUCUUCUUUACACAAUGUUGGCAGGCUAUACUCCAUUUGCCAAUGGUCCUAAUGAUACUCCUGAGGAGAUUCUGGUACGGAUAGGCAGUGGAAAAUUCUCUUUAAGUGGAGGCAACUGGGAUACUGUUUCAGAUGCAGCAAAGGACUUGUUAUCACAUAUGCUUCAUGUAGAUCCCCAUCAGAGGUAUACAGCAGAGCAAGUAUUAAAACAUUCAUGGAUAGCCUGUAGGGAUCAGUUGCCUCAUUAUCAGCUAAACAGGCAAGAUGCACCACAUCUAGUAAAGGGAGCCAUGGCUGCCACAUAUUCUGCACUGAAUCACAAGACAUUUCAGCCAGUGUUAGAGCCUGUUGCAGCCUCAAGUUUAGCUCAGCGACGGAGCAUGAAAAAGCUAACAUCAACAGACUUGUAGAUCCACUGGGACACCUUAGCAAACAGAAGCAAGGGGAAAAUCCAAUAAGUGGCUCUAUGUCGCCUGACCUGUGAUCAAAAGGCAUCUACGAUUUCCUGCUACACUACUUGAAUUCUGUAAAAGUCCUUUUUUUAGAAAGAAAAAAAAAAAAUCCACAGGUUCAUACUGUGUUGUUUUUCAGGUCGUAUCUGUUAAAUUAAGUUAACUAUCAGGUACACCACAAUGAAUUUCUCUACAGUGUCCUUCGAGAUCUGUUGCAAAUAUUUCUCAUUCUGUAUAGUUCUGCUGGAUUCAUAAAAAUGGUUUAGGGGACCGUUGCCAAUGACCAAGUUGUACAUAAAAAAAAGUGUCAGUGUCAGUUUUUUUUCUUUACACCUUUAGAAUUGGCUGUGAAGGACAAAUUCUUUAUUUUGUAAUUGGGCACUUAAUUCAUUCAACUUAAUUCAUUUAACUUGUUCAAUGUAUUGUGCCAGUGUUAAAUGCAUUAGUGCUAACUUGGGAGGUCUGUGUUUGCAUGGUGCCAAUAACUGAUAAGUUUAUAUGAAAAUAUGAACAAAAAGGAUGUGUAAAUCUUUGCACUUUACCCAUAAAUUUAAUUUAAUCGCUUGUGGCCCGGGGGAAAUACUCGUCAACAAAUGGCCUCCUAUGAGGUGAUGAGCGUUUUUAGCAAUUAUCGUGAACGGUACUGUGUUCUGCACUGAGCUGGAGAAAGUAGGUAUGUGUGUAAAUUGUCAAAAUUAAGGAUCUAAGUAAUAUUGGUACCACUUCAAGACAACACUGUGCAGCCCCGUGUGUUUUGUUGAUUAUACUGCCUGUCCAUUUGUACAAUGACUAUGUUACAGCUACUCUGGCAGUCAUUGCUGCUGGCUACAUCCAAUAUUAAUUUGGGUUGCCAUAUGAGGCAAACUGACACUUUAUUAUAGCAAACUUGGCCCAUGGAUUUUAUUUUUUAUUUAUUUGAUUUUUUUCUGGAACACUGCUUCUCUCAGAAUCUCUAGCCGCAUGUACAAAUAUUACAGAACAUAAAUGCAAAAUCCUAUUUGCCUAACUGUAGGGGUAGCUUGGGAAAAUAAAUAAGACUUGCAGUCUGCCCAGUCAAGGGAAUUAUGACCAGAGAGAUUUCACAGUCCUGGGCAAGAUACUGAAAAUAUCCUGUUGCCAGCACUCACUCUCUCUGUCUGUCUGUCUGUCUGUCUGUCUCUCUCUCUCUCUCUCUGUCUUGAUGUUAGGACUUUAGCUGUUUCUAAAUGCUGUGUUAGAGAGAAAGCGAAUCUCAGGGCCAGAAUCAUCUUGAGGUUUUCUGACUCAAAACCAGUGGUGACUUGCAUCUGCUAGUAGACCAGGAACUAGUACAUUCAGAGAUAAUGAGCUUAAAGCGUUUUCACAAGUUUUAGACGUUACUGUACAAUUGUACUGACAUAGUAGGAUGAUGCACAUUUAAAAUAUUAGGUAAGUAUGUUAGUGACCAACAGUUAGAUUGUGAACAGUUAGAGAAUCCAAGCGACCAAAAAUCAAAUGUAGUUCAGAUUGAUUUGCCAUCAUUGAAUUUCUGUCCCAGAUUCCUUUUGUAGCCAAUUAUAAGACAGCUGUGGUGGUAUAACUUUGCAUUUUAAGACGGGGAAAAAAAUAAAGCUUUUGGUAGUAAGGCCAAAAUUCUCCCAAGAGCAGCAGCAGAAACUCAGAUCUUAAAAUACAGAGGAUGCUGGCUGGUUUUUGCUUAUACCUGUGAAGUACUUGGUGGCAUUGGAAGUACUAUUAGAUAAGCUGCUUUCUCUUACUGUGGUGAGGGAAGGUGGAAAUUAUCUGGCCAAAUAGGUAUGGAUAUAUGUAGAAGUGAGACUUAAUGAAUAUGGCAAACAUAGGUGUGCUAUUUGUAUCACGCAGAACAUACCCCAUACUAAAUUUCUUGAGCGUUCGAUAGGUGUUGGAAGCUUUAGGGGCCGUUUGUGCCUAAUCUAGAGGUGCCUGUUUGAAAUGGUGGAAAGUUAUCACAGAACACAGCUGCUACGUAGAAAGCUUAUUGUUCAGAACGAAACCUGCGUCUUACAUAGUUGUUUCAUCCUUCUCUUCAUCACUAGAAACCUUUGUGUGCAAGAAUGUGUGUAAACCUCUUAUCAACAGCCUAUCAGUGUAAUUUUGUUUGUAAAUUUACAAAUGAUUGCCAGAAGAAUUUGAGUUCCCUCAAAGAAAAAGCCAGAGUGGUGGAAAUGGAGCCCUAGGCCAAGGUCAAGGUAUAAUGCAGGCUGAAAUGUUUAAUAAACUGGUUUGGGGGUAGAGGUAAUGCAAGGAGUAGAACACAACUAAAAGGUCAAACUUGAAUAGUCUUCAGCUUUCCCAUAAGGUAGCAGCUGGUCUUUAAUGGCUUUAUUCAUGAAUCAUUUAACUGUUUACACUGGUAUUUUUUAGCUUGCUCAGAAGCACCACGUUAUAAGCACCUUAGAAGCAUUUUGCACAAAAGCAGUUGUAAGCAGCUGAAGAUACUUAAGUUCUUCUCAGUGUGCAAAACAGAGGUGGUAAGAGGAAAAAUGAACGAAGAGGGUGGAUGCUCUGAUUGUUAGCACAGAAUUUAAAGCAUCUUCUGUAAAGUUAUUCUUGCUGUGGUUUUUUGGGUUUUUUGGUUUUUGUUUUGUUUUUUAUAUAAUUACCAGCCUUUAGUGUAAGUGGUACUCCUGGAACAAAAGCAAGGUUUUGGUGACUGCAACAUUACAAAGUUUUGUCUUAUCAGAAGGAAAACAUAGUCGAACAUCUCUGUUAUAUCUGAAAAGAUGAGUGUACUUGGUAUACCAAUCUUGGUGCUUAAUUUUGGGGAAAAGUUUCAUUUGCUACAGGUAUUUCAGCAUGUCAGUCUUGGAAUAUUUUGGAUAUACAGGAAUACGGAAGAGUUCUACUGUCACUUGCAGCCUACUGUUACUCUAGUGUUUAAUGAUCAUCUCAUUCAUAUUUCUUCUGGAAUUCCAUUCAUAUUUCUCAUCUUAUUUUUCAAACAUAGCUUUUGUUCAAUCAAGCGGUUAUAUUAAAAGUAGUAUGAUCUGCUCCUGAGUAAUCAGUUAAGCACUUGAAAUGGAACUACGUCUAUUUGAAUAUGCUCUUGACGGGAGGAAAAGGUUAGUGUAAUUUGUUUCACUUUCUUACGGUCUCUGCACAGUUAAAGAUUCCAAACUAGUUGCCAUCUUACUAUGAUACUAAUUUUAAAUCUAGAAAAAUUGCAUUUUUACUUACACUUGCAAAGAAAUUGGGAAGGCGUGCUACUUAUUUAGAGGAGUUGGCAGAGAACUAAUUACUGUCUUAAGGGAUCUAAUGUUCUAGGUAUGGCCUCUGCUACUGCCAGCAAAAUCUCCUCUGAUUAAUUUUGGUAGUGUCCAUUGCAAGUAAGUGCUAGUUCUCAAGUUCACACACAGCUUGAUAUGGCUCUCACUAGAGUGCAGAGAUUCCCACUGACAUUGACUAUAGCUGGAGCAGGCAGCUGACACUUUUGAUUAUUUUGCCCUGUGGAUACCGCGGUUAUGUUCAAAUUAAGAACUCUAUUGUAUUCCUGUAUUACAGUCAAAAGCUAUGCAGUGGCAUCAACAUCAGCCAGCGGUGCUUAACGAAGAGUGUCCACAUUGGAGAGCGUUAGCACAAGCGCGAUGAUUUAAGCCACUGUUGUGUGGCUUUUGCGAUCUGAGCGCUGCUGUUAGUGUGUUGAGUAUUUUUUCCGUUAUGCUUGAAAGUAGUAAAUUCCUUUUGACCGCACCAAGAGGCUAAGGUGUAGGUGGUCUAAGCAUACUGUCUAAUUGAGGCCUGUGUUGUAUGGUUUAAAUGUUCUGCUUGCAUUUAGAGAAAGCACCCAGAAUGUCACCAGGUCAGUUGUGUCAAAUUAAGUCUUCCAUGUUUUAUUGUUUUCCAAAGCUAAACUUUGAUCAGUUUCUUCAACAUACAUAAAAUAUCAAAAAGUUAAAACUAUUUCUGGCAAAUUUUAACAAUUGGAAAUUGCUUUGGAAUACACUUGUAAACAGGUAAUUUACAGUGACAGAUUGCUAUAUCUAGUACUCUUCUCUCUGUCCUCGAGUGUAGCAGUGAAAAGGUAGGAUAGCUUGCAAGAGUGGAGUUUAAAUGAAUUACAUAAUACCAUAGUAGUUGUCCAGCUUUGUAUCAAUGAAAUUAGGCUAAGACAUGAAUGCAAAUACGGGAUUGUAGGUACUUCUGUAGCACUUAAGUUUUUCAGUUCUAUCCAGAAUUAAAAGUUUGCAAAUGUUUGUGGGAGGGAAAGGAGGAUGAAAGGAACAGAUUUUUCUUUCUCAAAGUUUUCAGAAGCCUGAUUCUUAAGCCAUUAGGUAGGAUAAAGUCCUUAUGUAAUGCUGUGGGAGCUCUUUUUGUUUUUAAAAAAAAAAAAAAAAAGCAGCUCCCUGAAAAUUGAUUCAAAAAUGUUCUUGAGUAUUGCUAUCUAUUGGUAACAUGCAUAUGCUAUCACUGGUAACAUACCAUCCUUCUCCAUUAACACCUCUUUAGUACAUUCUGAAUACUGUUUAUCCUUACAUCAGUGUAUUUUUUUUCCCAAAUGUUUACUCCCCAAAUUAUUUUCUUGUUAUUUUUGAUAAGCCUGCAUUUUUCCUUUGGAACUGGAAGGAUGAAUACAAAUUAAGAAAAAAGGCUGUGUGUAGCUGAAGCUGAGUUGAAUGUUACCGUAACUUGUCUAAGUAGAAAUCCCCCUAGAUUAAUCAAUUACUGGUUUUCUUGAGGUUUUAAUAUUUCCUAAAUAUGAGCAAAUUUUCUCAAAUUCUAAUUUUGAAAGCUUUAGAGAAUCUUUACUUGCUUAUGUCUCUUAAUUAUUAAGAUUUGGGAAAUAACUUAUUGCCAAUAGGGGGUUUGAAUAAUUAACAUUGAAUCCUGGUUUGUUUGGGAGUGUGCGCGUGAACUGAAAAAAUGCUCCAGGUGGAUCUCCUUUGCAGGACAAAGUGUUCCUAUUUUGUGUGUGUUGCAUUAGGGCUAUGAGCAGCAUUUGCUAAGUAAUUGCAUUGUCAUAAUAUCCCAAGCACUUUGGCAUUCUUGCACUGAUACUCUUGAUUAGAGCUAAAACUAUUCUGGCACGUGACUGGCUAUAAAUCUCAAUAUAUGAAAGGGCAUUAAUUGAAAACAGUGUGCAAUGAAUUACAUGCUCUCUGAGGUACUUCAAAGAUGAAACUAUACAAAAGGUCCCCGUUAACAGAUAUUGUAACUGUCAUUUCUUUCUCUAAGCAUAUUGUGGAUUUUGUAUCAUAUUGUAUUUAUUUCAUUAAUUUUAAAAAAUGUUUUCUUUAAAGCUCUGUAUAUAUUGACAUUAAAGUUUGCAUUGUACUACGUUCCCUUCUCCUUGUAAGGCUGAAUCUAGUAGUGCAUUGUACGGUACGGUAUGUUGUUUUUCUUUGCACUGUGCUGCUAAAGAUACUAUUGCCUUGAAUUACGACAUGCCAAAGACAACCUCAAAGUUGUAUUUAUUUUUGUUAAAAUUUGUGAAUAAUGAUAAAGGUACAGUUUUAAAUAGCUGGCAGUUCCUUGAGUACUAGAAUAAAAAGGUUGCAAAUUCAUGAUAUUUUAUAAUUAACAAAAAAUGAUCAUUCAUGAUUUGAAAGUUCAACAACUUUUUUUAAAUUGAUAUAAAAACAUUGAGCAAACAUUCCUAAAUUAGAAUAUACUAUGAAUUGCAUUACGUGGUAAACCUUGCCAGAAGUCUCUCAGAUACAUCAAGAGCUGUUUAUAAAUUUAUAUAUUCACAGUAAAGUUUUUUCAUGCCACACUUUCAAUAAAACAUGCGUUCACUGA